UGACUCUAUAGGUUUGUUGUGGGGUUACCUAGCAACCACUGGAGAGAAGCCUGAAGCCGGCAAAGAAAGGCUGCUACUUGGGACUUCCAUUAAGCUCUAGCUGUGUUUGUAUCUAGCACUUUCUCUUCAAUAUCUGCUAUCCACUUCAUCUGAAGGCAUGAAUAUUGUCCUCUCCCGGGAUGCUCAGGUCAAAAUUAUGGAGACCACUGUGGCCAAUGCAGAAAAGUACUUUGGGCAAUUCUGCUCUGUGCUAGCAUCCUACACACGUAAAACAGCGAAACUAAGGGAUAAGUCUGAUGAGCUUGUUAAGAACCUCAUAGACUUCGCUAACACUGAAAACCCAGAGUUAAGGACUGCCCUUAAAAACAUGGCGGAAGAGUUGGCAAAAAUACAAGACUAUCGGCAUGCACAGGUGGAGAGGCUGGAAACAAAAGUGGUAAAUCCAAUGAAAUUAUAUGGAACCUUAAUAAAAGACAAAAGGGCAGAGAUCAAAAAGUUCAACUCAGUCAGGAACAGAGAAAUAAAGGAAUUGGAGAAGCUGGAGAAAUUACGGCACAGAGCCCCAUCUGACCGCCAUAUUAUUUCUCAGGCAGAAUCCAAUGUUCAGAAAGCUUCAGUUGAUGCAGCACGUACCACUCAGCAGCUGGAGGAGGUCAUUGAUAAUUUCCAGCUGCAGAAGAUCAAGGACAUACAGAAAAUUUUCUCAGACUUCCUGACAGUAGAAAUGAUUUUCCAUGCUAGAUCCCUUGAAGUCUUUACCAGCGCAUUCCAAAACUUGCAAGAGUGUGACCUAGAGAAAGACAUGGAGGAUUUCCGAUCAAAGAUCCAUAUUAACACUGGGAAUGAAGAUGCCAGACCUGUACAGGCUACUAACCUAUCUUCUAACACCAACUGGCGGGCAAGCAGCAUGAGUGUACAGAGCACACUGCAGAGGCAACAGGAAGUAGAAGACAGUUAUGAAGAGUCAGAAGAAGAGGAGGAGGAUGAUGAUUAUGAAGAUCACAGAAGGGUAGAAUAUGCCAGAGUGCGAAAAUAAUACUGGUACAGGCAGAUGGAAUGCAAUAUCUUUUGUCUUUCCUGAGCUAAUAUUUAAUCAAAGACUGACUGCAAUGGUACUGGCUUCCUGCAAUGGGGGAUUGAGGCCUGCCAUUUAGAGAAAUAUUUCUAUUGAAUUAAACAACACGAUUAACACAGAUUAUGUACAAGACAACACGAAAAAACGGAAAUAUCUCUGAAUGGGCAAUAUAUAGCUAUUAUAAAUAUAUACUGAAAGGUUUUUGUUUAACAUUGUGCAUGGGGCAUUAACUCAUUUCUCACUCACCUGUUCCCACUGAUAUAGUGAGAGCUGCUAUAAGGGAAUAGUGGCAUGUUUAUUAUCAUGGGGUAGAAUAUGCCAUGUAUGUUUAUUAUCAUCAGUUCUUCCAAAUUAUUAGGGCUGAGAGCACAUGCAGGACUGCCCUGUUCAACCUGAUACAUUUUUUUAAUCUUAAACUAUAAUCAUUAUUUUAUAUAUUAACAUUUAUUGGUGCAAUUUCUUAUCACUUUGUGUUGCAGUGGCUUUCUCUCACUGAUGUAUAAGUUGUCUCAAGACUUUCAUUGUAACUUUUGAAGGGGCCACAAGCUCUUCAUUUUAGCACCUGAUAAAAUCAGUUUGUUAUUGAUUCAUAUAAAUCCUAAAACCUUUACCAAUUGGGCUUGCAUUAUACACAGGCAAAUCCAUAUAGUUAAUGGAAACUUGGUGCCUUUCACCCUUAUGUGUGCACUGGUUACAGCACUGGAACGUGAUCUUAUGUUCACAUUAAUACUAUACUUACCUAGAAAAAGAAAAAAAGAUAAAAUAGAAACCCCCACAUUAAAAGGAUACCCUGUCCCUUUCAGUAACCUCUAAGCUCUAUUUGUUUUCCAUGAAGUGGCACAGCAAGUUGCCCUGAGACUCUGACUCCAAGCGUCACGCUCAGUGCAAAGGGAUUUCAGUGGUCGUCUCCUUUCUGUGAACCCAUGCCAAUGGCAGAUAUGCUUUGAAAAGAAUAUACAAGAGGGAAUGAGUUUAUUUUCUAUAGGAUGUGCAAAGUUAAACAUGAACACUGUGUAUAUUUUUUUGGCUUACAUCAUCCCCUCUCAUUGGGAGCAGGCGAGAAAUCAUAUUCUACUGUGUUUAUUUAAACAUGUUUUGCGGUUGGAGUGAAAUUCCGGUGUUUUUCAGCCUUCCCUGGAGCGGACAACUCUCAGAAGCCAAAGGACAACAAUUCUAUCUUGUGUUUACCGCUUUCCAAAAAUGUACAUAAACAGUAGGAACUGGUGGCUUUUCACAGAAAGUAACCAGAUCCUGUAUACAGAUUUAAUUAAAAAGCAAAUCCCGGUGUGCAUUACAGUAAUAUUUAUUUGAUAGUAUGAUGUUUGUGAAUGUGUAUUAGCAAUAAACACCUGAGCUGUAAA